ACACUCCCUCGCUCUCUUCCCCAGAGCCAUCCUUUCCUGCCCACCAUGGUUGACGGAGUGCUGCUGCCAAAGCUGCCCGAAGAGAUGCUGGCUGAAAAGAAUUUCAACAAUGUUCCCUACAUGGUGGGAAUCAACAAGCAAGAGUUUGGCUGGAUUAUUCCACUGCUCAUGGGCUACCCUCUGUCUGAAGACAAGCUGGACCAGAAGACGGCCACAUCACUCCUGUGGCAGUCCUAUCCUCUCCUUAGCAUUCCUGAGGAACUGGCUCCAGUGGCCACUGAGAAGUAUUUAGAAGGGACAGACGACCCUGUCAAAGAGAAAGACCUGUUCCUGGACUUGAUAGCAGAUGUGAUAUUUGGGGUCCCAUCUGUGAAUGUGGCCCGUUACUACAGAGAUGCUGGAGCCCCCACCUACAUGUAUGAGUUUCAGUAUCGCCCAAGCUUCUCAUCAGAGCUGAAACCCAAGACAGUGAUAGGGGACCAUGGGGAUGAGCUCUUCUCUGUCUUCGGAGCUCCAUUUCUGAAAGAUGGUGCCUCGGAAGAAGAGAUCAAUCUCAGCAAGAUGGUGAUGAAAUUCUGGGCCAACUUUGCUCGGAAUGGGAACCCUAAUGGGGAGGGGCUUCCCCAUUGGCCAGCGUAUGACCACAAAGAAGGGUACCUUCAGAUUGGUGUCAACACUCGGGCAGCCGAGAAGCUGAAAGACAAGGAAGUGGCUUUCUGGAACGAGCUUCUGUCCAGGGAGGCGGCAAAGAAGGCACCACACUUAAAACAUGUUGAGCUGUGAACGGGAGGCUCAACUGGGCCCCCAGAUGGAGGUUUCUCUAGAAGUGUUUAUGUGUCAAAGAGGCGUCUUAUUGUGAAGUCUGAAGAAUUAUCUGAUGGGAGUGGCAAAGGUCCGGGAGGGGGAGUUUCUGUUUCUGUGGCCUCAAUUUGGAAAUAAAUGUUCUUUUGGAGACAAAGUCAA